UGCAGCCUCCUAGUAGAAGGCUCCUGCGCCAAAUCCUGCCAGGAAAUUUUGAUGCAUUUAAUUCAAGAGCACCUGUAGGCUCAAACAUACAUGCUCUCAUCAGCCGACUUGAAGAUUCACAGGCACAACAGACAAACACUGGCGCUCAAGUCAGUCUGCCCAAUCAGGCUACCCUGGCACCUGCCCCACAAAACCGAGCCUGUCCUCUUUUAAUUCCAGCCGCACGGCCCGUUCCAAUGCCACGGAUUCGAGUUCAACCUGCAAAUGUAGCAACCUUAAAUGCUGCCCGAGUGGGUCUUUUCCAAGUCGCUCAAAGACCUGCCCCGACUCCACUGCUGCCAAACCCCGUCCCACUGCAUUCAAACCCCGUCCCACUGCUUCCAAACCCCGUCCCACUGCUUCCAAACCCCGUCCCACUGCAUUCAAACCCCGUCCCACUGCAUUCAAACCCCGUCCCACUGCUUCCAAACCCCGUCCCACUGCAUUCAAACCCCGUCCCACUGCUUCCAAACCCCGUCCCACUGCUUCCAAACCCCGUCCCACUGCUGCCAAACCCCGUCCCACUGCUUCCAAACCCUGCCCCUCCCCGGCAAGAUUUGCAGGCGAUGCUUGAUGAUUGGCCAUGGCAAACGGAGAUCACUCUAAUGGAAAAUAAUAAUCAUCGACCUCAAAGGUGAGGACAUCUGUAUAUCCACUUCCUU